GCGCCGCGGCCAGAGCAGCGCCGGGAGGCCGCGCGCUGUCCGGGCGGCCCCGGGCAUGGCGGAGGCGGCUCCGUGAGGGAGCCUCAGAAAUGACCUCCGGCCUCUGCUCCCCGUCCUUCUUCCGUGUGGGUGCCGCUGACCGCCGCCGCUGCCGCUCGGGGCUCCUUCAAGCAGCAGAAUUGAAAGCCUCACAAGACAGCGAUGGCUUUUUCUCUGGAAUUUGAAUAUGGAGGCCACGGGGACAGAUGAAGUAGAAAAGAUCAAAUCAAAGUUUAUGUCUGCAUGGCACAACAUGAAAUACAGUUGGGUGUUGAAAACAAAAACUUACUUCAGUCGGAACUCUCCAGUUUUUCUGCUGGGAAAAUGUUACCACUUCAAAACUGAGGACUCUGGGGAGCUCUCUACAGAUGGGUCCAAUUUUGACAAGAUCAGCACUGAGAUUUCGGGGAACGUGGAGGAGUUCCGCAAGGAUUUCAUUUCCAGGAUCUGGCUGACCUACAGGGAGGAGUUCCCUCAGAUCCAGGGCUCUGCCCUGACCACAGACUGUGGCUGGGGCUGCACGCUCAGGACGGGGCAGAUGCUGCUGGCUCAGGGGCUGAUGCUUCAUUUCCUUGGGAGAGCCUGGGUGUGGCCGGAGGCGCUGGCCAUGGACGGCUGUGACUCGGAGUCGUGGCCCAGCAGCACCGUCAGGAGGCUCACGGCCUCCCUGGAGGCGUCGCUCACCCCCGACAGGGACCCCAGGCUGCCGGCCCGGCCCCCUGCCCGCAGGGACUGCGAUGGCACCGACAGGAGGAACGAGCUUUAUCACAGGAAAAUCAUCUCCUGGUUCGGGGACUCCCCCCUGGCAGCCUUUGGGCUGCACCAGCUCAUCGAGUACGGCAAGAAAUCCGGGAAGAUGGCGGGGGACUGGUACGGGCCCGCCGUGGUGGCACACAUCCUGAGAAAAGCUGUUGAAGAAGCAAGAGACCCUGAGCUGCAAGGAGUAACAGUCUAUGUUGCCCAGGAUUGUACAGUCUACAGCUCGGAUGUUAUUGACAGGCAGUGCUCCUUGCUGGAUUCUGGGAGAGCAGGCCCCAAAGCUGUGAUUGUCCUGGUUCCUGUGAGACUCGGUGGGGAGAGAACAAACACUGACUACCUGGAGUUUGUAAAGGGAAUUUUAAGCCUGGAGUACUGUGUUGGCAUCAUUGGUGGCAGACCCAAGCAAUCCUAUUACUUUGCUGGAUUCCAAGAUGACAGUUUGAUUUACAUGGAUCCUCAUUACUGCCAAUCUUUUGUAGAUGUCAGCAUAAAGGAUUUCCCUCUUGAGUCAUUCCACUGUCCUUCUCCCAAAAAGAUGUCCUUCAAAAAAAUGGACCCGAGCUGCACCAUAGGAUUUUACUGUAGGACUGUGCAGGACUUUGAGAAGGCGUCUGAAGAAAUCACCAAGAUGCUGAAAUCUUCAUCCAAGGAGAAAUAUCCCCUGUUUACUUUUGUCAAAGGUCAUUCUAGAGACUAUGACUUUGCUUCCAGUCCACUCAAUGAAGAAAAUGACCUUUUCUCUGAGGAUGAGAAGAAAAGGCUGAAGAGAUUUAGCACAGAGGAGUUUGUCUUGCUUUAAGGACAUUUUACACAAGAGCGUCGGCAGCUGUCCAGGAGAACACUUGCCUUUUAACUAUAAAAUGUACCUGGAUUCCUUCCCCAGAAAGGCAAGCCUGUACUGAAAUUGGUCUAUUUUCAUAAAGAUGAUAAUGUUUUAUAUGUUAAAAGUCUUUAAGAUGUCGGUUACUAAUGUAUGUACUAAUUAUUUUGCUCACUGCUGGCUGGAGGAGUGUCUGCAGUUGUGGUAGUGAAGGAGAUGCUCUGCUCAGAGCCAGCUGUGCCUGGCCUGUCCCCAAAUGCCAGCUGUGCCCUCCUGUGCCAUUCCAGGCGCUGCUGGGGCUGCCUUGCCAGGGAUGCUCAUCCAGGGCUGUGCAGAGCGCGGUGUUCCUGC